AUGCAAUCUUUUUUCAUCAUCUUCAUCGUUUUUCUUUCAAUUUGGGCCAACAAACUCGUUCAUCACUCUAAUGCCUGCGUUUUCACGUUGAAGAUGCACCACCGCUUCUCCGACCCCGUCAAAAAGUGGUCGGAAGGUAUUAACAAGUUCACCCCCGGUGAUUUUCCGGCCAAAGGCAGUGUUGAAUACUAUUCUCAAUUGGCCAACCAUGACAAGAUAUUCCGAGGUCGGAGGCUCUCGGAUUCCGGCGAACAACGCCUUACUUUCUCCGAUGGAAAUUCUAGUUUUCGUAUCAGCUCUUUGGGUUUUUUGCAUUACACAACGGUUUCAUUGGGGACGCCAGGGCAGAAGUUUAUGGUGGCACUUGAUACCGGGAGUGAUCUAUUCUGGGUGCCAUGUGAUUGCAGUAGAUGUGCCUCCAUUGAUAACACAGCUUAUAGCUCUGAAUUUAAGUUGAGCAUAUACAGCCCAACGGGAUCAUCAACAAGCAAAAAGAUUACGUGCAACCACAGUAUGUGCACCCAUCGUCAUGAAUGUCCAGGAAGCGAAGCAUUUAAUACUUGUCCCUAUUCUGUUUCUUAUGUCUCGUCUCAAACUUCAACUUCCGGGAUUUUAAUGGAGGAUCUUCUGCACUUAGAAACAGAGGAUAGCAAUGGUCAAAUCAUUGAUGCCUUUGUCACUUUUGGAUGUGGGCAGGUGCAAAGUGGUUCGUUUCUAGAUAUUGCUGCUCCGAAUGGUCUUUUUGGGCUCGGUUUUGAAAAAAUAUCAGUUCCUAGCAUUUUAUCUAGAGAAGGAUACACAGCAGAUUCUUUCUCUAUGUGUUUUGGACAUGACGGAACUGGUAGGAUUAGUUUCGGUGAUAAAGGAAGCCUUGAUCAGGAAGUCACACCCUUUAAUUUAGAUUCAUCUCAUCCGACCUAUAAUAUUACAGUGACGCAGCUUCGUGUUGGUUCCUCUCUCAUUGACUCGUGUUUCACGGCUCUUUUUGAUUCGGGUACCUCCUUUACCUAUCUGGUCGACCCCCAUUAUACGAGGCUGACACAGAGGUUCCAUGCACAAACGAAAGAUUCACGACACCCAACUGAUCAGAGGAUUCCUUUUGAAUAUUGUUAUGAUAUGAGUCCUAAUGCAAAUACUAGUCUGAUCCCGAGUAUGAGCUUAACAAUGAAAGGGGAAGGUCAAUUUUUCAUCUACGAUCCGGUUAUUGUUAUCUCCACAAAUCGGGAAGUUGUGUAUUGUCUUGCUGUUAUCAGAAGUGCAGAAUUGAACAUCAUCGGCCAGAACUUCAUGACUGGCUACCGUAUCGUAUUUGAUAGAGAAGAACUUGUUCUUGGCUGGAAAAAGUCCGAUUGUUAUGACAUUGAGAUUUCAAGUGAUUCGCGUACGACACCUUUGAACCCCAACAACGUUCCUCCUGCUGUUGCGGCUGGGCUACAAGGUCGGACCCAAACCACGGCUCGGACCUCUGUUGGUUCACCGUUUUACAGUAAGCGUUCUUGUUAUUCAACUCAAACGUGUCUUUGCUUUUUGUUCCUAUUCUUUCUUUGGUUAUAGCUCGGUCUUUGGUUCUUGAAAAAAACCCUGAUGGGAGUUAUACGAUUUUUGUUGAUGGCCUGAACUCAAUUCUCAAUAGCAAAUAGUGUAAAUAGCACAUUAGAAGUGAUCAUUUUGGUAAAUAUAUUUCAUGUUUCGGGUUUUCGGUCAGCCUUUGGUGGAUUCAGAUAGUUGUUACGAGUCAAACAGCAAGUGCGGAUUUUAAGAACGUUUCUGAACAUUUUAUUUGACAUGAAGUAAUGAAACCGGUUAAAUU